UGUAAAAUAACAGCCGUUGUAACACACUUUUCCUUUUUGGCUUCGUUUUGCUGGAUGAAUGUAAUGGCCGUUGAUGUGUACAGAACCUUCUCAAACUCUUCUCAAAUAUCGGCGACAAGAAGAAGCAGAAGAGCCAUGUUGCUGUACAGCAUGUACGGGUGGAUGUUGCCAGCGGUUCUUCUAGUGUUGGCGUUGGUUUUUGAGUAUGGGUUAAGCUCCAAGAAAAUCAGUAACUGGAAGCCGAGCUAUGGCACGAAGGUUUGUUGGAUAAAUACUUAUUACGGACUUCUCCUGUUCUUCAUCGCCCCUCUGGUAAUUUUUAAAUCGAUUGACGUGGUAUUGUUUAUUUUCACGGCGGUUAGUAUUGUCCGGGCACAUAAACAUGGGUCUGCGGUGCGGAAGAAGAAACAAUUCAGUGCACUUUGGAUCAACGUAAAGAUAUCCCUUGUUAUCGGACUACCAUGGCUUUUCGCAUUUCUUGGAAACGCAGUUCAACAUGAUGUCACCAAAAAAGUAAUGUGGUACAUGUUCAUUAUAUUCAAUUCUCUUCAGGGACUGUUCAUAGGUAUUAGCUUUUUAUGCCCCGGAAAAGUGUAUGGACUCCUGCAUCAGAAAUACGGAGCGUUUGUUUCAUCUACUCAUACAAUUCCCACUACAAAGUCAACAUAA